AUGGACGUCGCCGCGAGGGAAGCGCAGAGUGGUCUGGAAUGGCGGGUGACCGUGCCGGAGGGCGCGUCGGUGACCAUGGAGCACGAGGCCGGCGGCCCUGCCGCGAGGGCGUGGGCGUGGCUGCUGGCCUGCUUGGCCAAGGCGUGGAGCAGGGUCGCCGGGUUCGCGAGGAAGGUGUGGAGGAUCGCGGCAGAUGAUCCCCGGAAGGCGGUGCACGGGCUCAAGGUCGGCCUGGCGCUCGCGCUCGUCUCCGUGUUCUUCUACACCAGGCCCCUGUACGACGGCGUUGGUGGGGCUGCCAUGUGGGCCAUCAUGACGGUCGUCGUUGUCUUCGAGUACACUGUCGGUGGCAGCGUGUACAAGUGUUUCAACCGGGUCGUUGCGACGGCGAGCGCCGGCGUUCUCGCGCUCGGCGUGCACUGGGUGGCGGACAGAUCCGGCGAGCUCGAGCCGGUCAUCGUCACUGGCUCCCUCUUUCUGCUGGCUGCGGCAGCCACCUUCUCGCGGUUCAUCCCGACGGUGAAAGCGCGGUUCGACUACGGCGUGACCAUCUUCAUCCUGACGUACAGCCUGGUGGCCGUGUCGGGGUACCGCGUCGACCAGCUCGCGGCGCUGGCGCAGCAGCGGGUGUCCACCAUCGGCAUCGGCAUCUUCAUGUGCCUCGCCGUCAACCUGCUCAUCUGCCCCGUGUGGUCCGGCGCGGAGCUGCACCUCCUCACCACGCGGAACAUGGACAAGCUCGCGGACGCCGUGGAGGCCUGCGUCGAGGACUACUUCGCGGAGGCGGAGGCGGCGGCCGCGCGGCAGUCCAAGUCGUCGGACGGGUACAAGUGCGUGCUCAACUCCAAGGCGUCCGAGGACUCGUAUGCCAACCUGGCGCGGUGGGAGCCCGCGCACGGCCGGUUCGGCUUCCGCCACCCCUACGGGCAGUACGCCAAGGUGGGCGCCGCGAUGCGCGCGUGCGCCUACUGCGUGGAGGCCCUGAGCAGCUGCGCGGGCGCCGAGGUCCAGUCGCCCCCGCACGUGAAGCGCCUCCUCCGCGACGUGUGCACCCGGGUGGGCGCGUGGUGCGCGCGGGUGCUCAGGGAGGCGUCGCGCUCCGUCGCCACCAUGACCACGUCCUCCUCCGGGGCCCUGGACUUCGCGGUGACGGACAUGAACACGGCCGUGCAGGAGCUGCAGGGCGACAUGCGGACGCUGCCGUCGACCGUUCUGGCCGUGAAGCUGCAGGCGGCAGAGACGACGUCCCUGAUGGACACCAUGCCCGUCUUCACCGUGGCGUCGCUGCUGGUGGAGAUAUCGGCGAGGGUCGAGGGCGUCGUGGACGCCGUCGACGAGCUGGCGACACUUGCGAGCUUCAAGCAGGUCGACGACGACGAUGAUGAUGACGACAAGAAGGGAGAGACCGAGAUGACGAUCAAAGUGCACCCGUUGAACGAGCCGGACACCGACGAGGAGUCACCGGAAAACAAGACGAGCAAUAAGGCUUGA